AUGGCACCACAUUCGGCAUCUGUAGAUUCACCUUCAGCCGACAAUACGUUCGAUCAAAACAACCCUCACUGGACAUUAUACGUGCACGGCUCAUCCAAUCGGCAGGGCAGCGGCGCAGGCCUAGUCCUCAAGACUCCGAACGACACCAUAAUCGAAUAUGCUAUCCGCUUCCAAUUUCGUGCUUCCAACAACGAGGCCGAAUACGAGGCGCUCCUAGCAGGCCUUCAGCUUGCCCAAAGCUCGGGUGCCGAACAGCUGAUGAUAUGUAGCGACUCCCAACUCGUCGUCAACCAAGUGAUCACCGAAUUCGCAGCAAAAGAGGAAUCCAUAGCUGCCUAUCUCGCGCAGACCUGCCGGUUGCUCAAACAGUUCAAAACCUAUUACAUCCGCCAGGUCCCUAGAUCUGAGAACAGCCACGCCGAUGCUCUCUCUAGGCUCGCUUCGGCAAUCGACGACCGUAUCGGACGCCACGUCCCCAUAGAAGUUCUCGCUCAGCGGAGCACGGCCGAAGCCGAUGUCAACACCGUCCGUCAGGACCUUAGUUGGAUGGACCCGAUCCACGCCUACCUCACCAACGGCACCCUACCAACUGACAAAGCCGAAGCAAAGGCAGUACGACGACGAUCGGCUCGCUACCUUCUGUUGCAAGGCAUCGUCUAUCGGCGCAACUACUCCCUGCCGUUGCUAAGAUGUGUUACACCACAACAAGGAGACUACUCCUUGGCCUUCAAGGCCGUUUGGCAAGGCUAUUAUUGGCCAACUCUCCACGAUGACGCCACCCAGAUUGUGCAAAGGUGCAAUCUGUGCCAACGUUUCGGAUCUGUAUUGAAAGUCCCUACCGAACCACUCAAUCCGAUGACUAGCCCGUGGCCAUUCGCCCAAUGGGGACUCGAUCUCAUCGACCCCUUGUCGCAGGGCACAGGUCAGCUUAAGUUCGCGGUCGUGGCCGUUGAUUACUUCACCAAAUGGACUGAGGCCGAAGCCCUCGCAACAAUAACGACAGCCAAGAUCGAACACUUUGUAUGGAGAAACAUCGUAUGCCGAUUCGACCUACCAAACGCCACCGUAACGGACAACGGCAAGCAAUUCGACUGCUCAGGGUUUCAGCAUCUCUGCUCCCGUUUCAACAUCAGAAUCUUCUUUACAUCACCGACACAUCCACAAUCCAAUCGGCAGGUAGAAGCCAUCAACAAGAUCAUCAAGAAAACAUUGAAGAAGAAGCUGGGAGUCGCCAAGGGCAAUUGGCCUGCCAUACUACCAGAAGCACUAUGGGCCAUCAAUACCUCCUACCGAAGGUCAACUGGUGAGACACCGUUCUCCUUAGCCUUCGGUACUGAAGCUAUCGUACCGGUGGAAGUACAUGCGCCCACGUGCCGAAUAGCAUCCUAUGACCCUCAACAGAACGAACAGCAGCUCGCCCUUAACCUGGAUCUCAAUGACGAACACCGAUCUCAAGCACAGCUCUGGAAUGCCACUUACAAAUAA